AUUUUGUGUUUGAGUGUAAAUGAUACUGCUGGAAAUUACAUCAUUGUGAUUCAUGUGCGCGCACGAUCAGAACAGCUCACCGUUAACCGCCGAAUAUACGGCUGAUUCUUUCACCUCAAGUCAGAAUUCAUGAUUUAGCUUCUUGAAUUUGUUUAUACUGGACUGUUCAAUAGUUCGAGGAGUCUGCAUAAUUUGAAUCUCGCUAUUUGCGACAUAAACAAGAAACAGAAGUAGCCAGUAUUCGCUUGGAGUCUUGAAUCGACCCACGUCAAUGGCAGAGAAGAUAAACAGCGUUCAAAUGACAAACCUUCAGGAAGGGACAAUUUCCCAGAAGCCUCCUCUGUCAGACAGCAACGGACGUCAAACAGGAGUAAAAAUGUGGCAGGAGUUUGUUGAUAACACAACGUUGCAUGGCAUUCGUUAUGUCUUUAUAAAGCGCCAUGCUGUAACUCGCCUUAUAUGGUUGAUUUUGCUAUUGUCGUCUGGUGGUUACUACAUUUUUACAGUUUAUAGAGCUUUUGAAAAAUACUACAGUCGUCCUAUUAACACUGUAAUAAGCAGAAAACAUCUAAGAAAAAUGGAUUUCCCAGCUAUAACGAUUUGCUCAAACAAUUUGUUUUCAAGAAGCAAAGUCUCUUUACCUGAUGAUGAUCCAUCCUUUGCAUCCAGCGGUUUAAAUAUCUCGUCAUGCGCUGUCACAUCAAGAGCCCGAGCCAAUCGGCCCUGUGGAUUGUCUUUGCUAUGCUGUUGUACUCCUUUUGAUAAUGAGAACGAGUCGCUUGCUCUCCCAAACUGUACAUUUGAAUACAAACAAGAACUGUUGAAAGAUAUACAAGUGUCUAACCAUCGUAUAGAAGUUGAGAGUUUUUAUCAAAAAUACAGCCAAAAUAUCAGUAAUCUUCUUGGACCUACUUGUCAGUUCAGUUGGAGGCAAACUCAGUGUUCAAUAACAGACUUCGAUCCCACAGUGACCGAGUGGGGAAUGUGUUACACUUUUAACUCAGGAAGAGAAAGCGAAAUUAAAAUUGUAGACACUGCUGGAGUUUCUUCUGGACUUACGCUGCUUCUCGAUGCAAACACAGCUGAGUAUACUCGUGGAAAAUUUUCCGAGGGAUUCAAAGUGUUGAUCCACGGGCAAGGUGAAUACUAUGAUGAAUUUGAUGGAAUCAGCGUGGGACCUGGGCAACAUGCUUCAAUCGCUCUUUCUCAGAAACGGUAUGAGAAUUUGGAGAAGCCUUAUGCCACCAACUGCACAAAUAAACCAUUACACACAUUUUCUAAGUACUCAUUAGAAGGAUGCCUUUAUGAGUGCCAGGCUCAAAGCACUAUUAAAAUUUGUGGCUGUCGACCCAUCGGCUACAUUGGUUCCCGUGACACUCCUCCGUGCCUAUCCCCCAACGAGGUUAAAUGCAGUGACAGCGUUGAUGCGUCCAUAGACGAAGACCUGUGUGACUGCCAAGUUCCUUGCUUUCAAACUCGAUAUCAAGUCGAGGUUUCUUAUUCAAAGUUCCCGGAUAUAGGCACUGCUGAAGACCUAUUGAAUGAGGGCUAUGAGAGUUUACAGUACAUGAGAGAUAAUCUUGUGUUUUUACAAGUUGGAUUCAAGUCCUUGGGAUAUGAGAUGCAGAAACAGCAGCUGGCAUAUGACAGCAACUCAUUAUUUGGUGAGAUCGGUGGAAAUAUGGGCUUAUUCCUGGGAUGCAGCCUGCUAACCAUAUGCGAAUUUUUGGAUUUUUUCAUGAGUUACCUAGCAGCACGAAACCGUAACGUGACUCACCCAGCGUAAUGACUGUACAAAUAAUUGUGCGGGAAUUUGCCCUUCAAAUGUCGUUUGUCUACACAAAAUGAUGUUCAGACGAAUUAAGGUUCAAAACCUAUAAAGACUGUAAAGGACUGGUAACUGUAUAGUGGUUGGCGCUCUGACAACUUGAGGCGAAGUCAGAGUAAAAGACAAGAUGUUGAAAAGUCAAACACUGUCAUUAAUAUCAGUAAUUUUCAGGAUAACCUUCACCUGGACGAUCUUGGUAGUUAAUGUUCCUUCCGCUUCCAAACCAUGUCUACUAUAUCAAAACUCAUUUCUCUCAGGCGCAUUAGAAAUCAUGGACACGCAGAUGAUGCCACAGUAGCUUAGUACCGUCAUAAUUUACACUGUAUUUCCAAAGAUACAAAUUGAGACCUAAGGAUUAAAAUGUUUGCCUUUGUGCCAAA